CUUAGUCUGUGGCUAUGCUGCCAACUUCUCAGUAAUGGAAUAUCUGUUCUUUAAAUUAAAUUGUUAGGUUAGUUUAGUUAUUGGUUUUAACACGGCUUUGUUCUUGGCAUUACUUCUCGUUUCAUACUUAUUGUAUUCUAUACAGUAUACAAAAAUGGCUGAAACAAUGAGGCAAACUAUUGCUACUAUUCUAAAGAGUAUCGAAAGAUACAACCCAGCAAAUCUGCAAACUUUGGAGAGAUAUGUUGAAAUGCAGUCAAGAGAAAAUACCUAUGAUUUGGAAGCAAAUUUAGCAGUUUUAAAGCUGUAUCAAUUCAAUCCGGAAAAGUUCAAUCCAGAUAUUACGUGUCAAAUUCUUUUGAAGGCGUUAACUAACUUCCCUCAUACAGACUUCACUUUGUGUAAAUGCCUUUUGCUAGAGUCAGUCGUUGAGAAUGAAACAAUUUCUCAAAUAAAAUAUUUGGCUGAUAUUUUGGAGCAAUGUGAUUUCGCCCAGUUCUGGAACAGGGUACAUCAAAUGCCUGAACUAUGUAAUCGCAUUAGUAGCUUUCAUGAUUCAAUCCGUAAAUUUGUAUGCCAUGUAGUUGGCAUCACCUUCCAGACUAUUGAUAAAAAUAAUUUGGCCAAUCUUUUAGGUGGAAUUGAUGAUGUAACUUUAAAACACUGGGUCAAAAAAUAUGGCUGGAGAGAUGAAGGCAAUUUGAUUUUCAUUGCAAACCAAGAUGAUAAUAUCAAGACCAAGAACAUAACAGAAAAGAUUGAGUUUGAUCAUCUUGCUCCAUUGAUGACAAUUUUGUAACUAUAAAGAAUUUAUUCCUGGUGAAAA